AUGGCUUCAACAUUUCUGGAAAUCGUAUGCCAGAUCCUUCGUGGACAUCGCUCCCUGCGGGAGACACGGGGGGCCGCGGGCCCGAGCCACGACUCCCCGUGUGAGGAGAGGCGGAGGGACAACACGAGCGCAGUUCGCUCCGGGCCGCGGGAAGGGCUUCCAGGGACACCAGGACAGCCGGGCCCCGCCCCGCCCCGCCCCCGAGCGGCUCUCAGCCCCUACUUCCCCGCCGCGGCCAGGGGACCCCACACCCCGCGCCGCGCCCGCCCACGGGCCAGGUGCAUCCGCUUUGCGGUCGCCCCAGGGGCAGCUUCCGCGCCCGCUCUGGUGGAGAACCGCGACUCUAUGGUUUCCCCGCCGCGCCUCCCCUCUGGAAGACCGCGACUCUAUGGUCUCCCAGCGGGGCUCGGGCUGGGCAGCGGCGGGAGGCGGCCCCGGGACCGGACGUGGCGGAGGCGCCUGCAGGAGCGCGGGCAGAGCGAGAGCCCAGGCCCCGGGGGCUGCGGCGAGGCGGCUCCCGAGGGGACGAUGGCGGCUGCGCUGGAGCCGGUGGCAGCCGCGCGCCUCCCCCGCGCCGCCCCGGGGCCCGUGGAGGGGCAGGAGCCGGGGCGGCUCCCGGCAGGAGUCCUUCAGCUGGUGCAGGCUGGCACGGGCGGGGCGUCCCCAGCCUGGCCGGCCCCACGGCCAGUCAAGCUGCAGCUGCAGGAGGAGCCGGUGCAGCGCUGGGAGAUCCAGGGGCAGGAGGUGAAGCAGGCCACGCAGCCCCCUUCUCUGCCCGAGCUGCCCUCGGAGACCCCCCCGCCGGCACCGGGGCACGACCUCCCCGCCCCGCACGCCUGGCGCCAGCGCUUCCGGGGCCUCCGCUACCGGGAAGGCGCGGGGCCGCGGGAGGUAUGCGGCCGGCUGCGGGAGCUGGCCCAGCGCUGGCUGGAGCCCCAGCGCCGCAGCAAGGAGCAGAUGCUGGAGCUGGUGGUGCUGGAGCAGUUCCUGGCCAUCCUGCCCCGGGAGACGCGGAGCUGGGAGUGGGGGCGCGGCGUGGAGACCUGCGCCCAGGCCGUGGCCCUGGCCGAGGGGGUUCAGCUGGGGCAGGAGGAGGACGAGACGCUCCAGGUCACAGUGAGCAUGAAGUUCGAGGAGGCAUCCUCAGACGAGUUGCAGCUCAUGGGGGCGCUGCAGGACCCUGGUGGUUCCCGGCUGGAGGAGCCAAAGGCCUCUGCUACAAACAGGACUUUGGAGGAGACAGGACAGUGGGAAACCCCAGGGCCUCGUGUCCCCAAAGAGGAGGCCCAACCUGAUGAGGAGUCAGAUUCCCCCGAUGCUGAGGAGACCUGGGAGUGGUCAACAGAUGAAAGCUGCUCAGGCUGGUGCCCUGGAGGAGGCCCUUCCCCAGGAGCAGGUGCUGGGACCCUGAUUAAAGCUGAUCAGCAGCCUCCCGAGCAAGGGCCUGUAAACUUGGAGAUGCAGAGGACGUCCUCAGGGAGACUGGGAGAGAGAGGCUCCCGAACAUCAGAGCCAGGCCAAGUGCAGAAGGGGCCAGUCAGUCCUCCAAAGCAUUGGGAGAGCUUGGAGCUCCGGGAGGUGUUCGAGGACGUGGCUCUGCAUUUCACACAGAAGGAGUGGGAGCUGCUGGAAGAUGAAGACAAGGUGCUUUACCAGGACCAGAUGCUGAGGAAUUAUCAAGCCCUUGUUUCCCUAGGAUAUCAAGGUCCCACCCCUGACUUAAUCUGCCGCAUCCAGCGAGGAGAGGUGGAGCUCUGGGUCUGUGAGGACGAGGACCAGGAGAAAAUCUUAAAGUUGGAGGACCUGUCUCCAGAUUCCUGUGACAUGGAAGCCACCUGGGACUUGUCAGCAGAGGAUACCUCCGUGGAUUCAUUCCCUGCACCAGACCUUUCCCUGCAAGCAGGAGGUGCCUGGCUGCUGAGCAGAGCUGAGGAGCAGGUUUCUGAGGAAGUGUGCGCAAAUCUGGAGCCAACACAGACUUCCCCAGGGUGUUUGGGUGAGAUGGACUCCGUGAGACCUGAGAAGGACCCAUGGCACAAGGGUCAGGGGAGGCCCCAAAAGCAGAAAGAGAAUGUAGCAGUGAACCAGUUACUAUCAGCAGUUGGUCGUGAGCUGUAUACACAGAAUGGGGACCAGCCGCACCACUGCACCAAGUGUGGGAAGAGCUUCAGCCAGCCCUCCAACCUGGCCAGGCACUGGUGUGUGCACACAAGGGAGAAGCCACAUCAGUACUCUGAUUGUGGUAAGAGUUUCCCACACUCCUCUGUUCUGGCCAAAAAUCAGCCAAUCCACACUGGGGAGAAGUCACAUCCCUGCCUCUAUUGUGGGAAGAGCUUUAGCCGCCCUUCCUGCCUGACCCGACACCAGCUAAUCCACACAAGGGAGAAGCCACAUCGGUGCUCUUUGUGUGGGAAGAGCUUCACCUGCUCCUCGCACCUGGCUGAGCACCAGCGCCUCCACUUGGGGGAGAAGCCACAUCGGUGCUCUGAGUGUGGAAAGAGUUUCACCCGCCCCUCCCACCUGGCCGAGCACCAGCGUGUCCACACAGGGGAGAAGCCGCAUCGGUGCUCCGAGUGUGGAAAGAGCUUCACCCGCUCGUCCAACCUGGCACGGCACAAGCUUACCCACACAGGGGAGAAGCUACAUCGGUGCUCCGAGUGUGGGAGGACCUUUAUCUGCUACUCCUACCUGGCUGAACACCAGUUAAUCCACAUGAGAGAAGCCACAUCAGUGCUCGGAGUGUGGGAAGAGCUAGACUCAAUCCUCCCCCUGGGUACAGUACCAGUGCAUCCUCACCCUGGAGCAUCCAUAAUUCUGCAGGCAAUGAAUGGAGGGCUUGGGGAUGUCCACCUGCUCAGCACCCACCAGUGACUGCAUUUAGGCAAGCAGCCUCAUGCUGUUGGACUACAGGACGAGUUCACGUAGCCUACGGCCCUUGUAGGAAACAGCAGAACCAAAAGGACCCAGAGACUGGCUCCCAUGAUUUGAUGUGGGGAUGGGAGAGUGGGGGGGGGGGGGGUGCUAAGAGGAAACACCUCAGACGGGCUAACCCAGAUUGUGGGUUAACCAGUGAGGAGACAAUCUUUGCAUUAGCCUUGGAGCCUGUGCAUUCCCCAUCAUUCCCUACAAGCAGCCAGUGCUCCCAGGGGGAGAAGACAUGCCUGCACAAUUAGGUGUCCUUCCGAGAUAACUGGAUCCAAAUGAUACCCAGAGAUUGUUGUUCGCUGCCUCCCAGCUUUGUCCUCCCCCCUGGUCCCAGGGUUCUGGUAUGUGAGGCUCUUGAGUUGCAAGAAGGAAGGCGUUUAUGUCCAGGGAAGCAUUCCCUGCUCUCCAUCCUGACGUUGUCUUUCCUCCUGACCACAUCACUCCUCUCCCAGGCCUGCGCACGCCCAUCCGAGUCUGUAAGGACCUGCUACUGCCACGCCCUGAGCCCAGUUUGGCAGGUUUACUUCUCCGUUCUCCAGAACUGCACCACUGGGUGCCUUCUGCUCCCUCUGCCUUCCUUCCCUCGAGUGCAUUCCCUAUAAUGCAUCCUAUGUUACUAAAGCCCCAGAAGUGAACAUGG